CUUUGUUUACCUCGUGUUUAGCUGACCAGACUUCUGCAGGAGUUAAAGGAAGCUAAAGAAGCUCAGAGUCCAGAGGUGAAGCUGCUGUGCAGCCUGGAGAGGAAGAUUUUCAACAUGGAGCUCCGACACCAGCACAGAGAGAAAGAGCUACAACAGGUACCGCUGGUGAUCGGCAGCUCGUGGCAGACGUCGGAGGCUGAUCAGCAGACGGAGGUGGAGCACUGGAAGCGUCUGGCUCAGGACAAGAGCAGAGAGCUGGAGGCUUUCCGUCUGGAGCUGGACUCCAUCCUGGACAUCCUGAGACACCUGCAGAGACAAGGAGUGGUCCUAACCCCCGUCACAGCUCUCCUCGACGCCAAGAGGAGUUAACGCACUGAUGGAUGUCAGAGACGCUGAGUGUUUUCUUUGAAAGCCAAAGAUGGACGCUUUAAAGUGACGCCUACUUUUUUAGUGUUAGAAAAAGUUCAGAUGAAGAGUUCACAGGCGGGCCUACAAAACUUCCAGCAACCCUUAGUGAAAGCACUACGAAUAAACUCAGAAUGAAGAUAGUAACAAAAUGUACACCUUAAAUAUUUUCUAUUUAAAUUAUUGUAACUUAAAUAAGGUAUCGUGGAAAUAAACGUUGUUUUCAAGUCUUAA